CCGAGCGUCCCUGGUCCUCCUCCUGCUGCCGCCCAGGCUCCGCCGCCGCCCGUCGGACUCCUCCUCCUGCCGCUCCGGCGCGGAGCCGCCCAGACAAGGGCCGAGCGCUCGCCGGCGGGAACCAGCUCAGCCGCGGCUUCCGGAGCCCGCGGGCGGCGGACCGGCUUGCGGUGCAGAAGGAGUUUGCCGACCCUACGUUUGAAAUAUGAGUGGGAGAAGGCAAGAAGUAGAAGGCAAGUCUAGGAAACUGAACAUUUUGGAAAGAUUCUUCUUAAUCCUUUGGUGAAAACUCUGUGACACAAGAUGGCCGCAAAUAAGCCCAAGGGUCAGAAUUCUUUGGCCUUACACAAAGUCAUCAUGGUGGGCAGUGGUGGUGUGGGCAAGUCGGCCCUGACUCUUCAGUUCAUGUAUGAUGAGUUUGUGGAAGACUACGAGCCCACCAAGGCGGACAGCUAUCGGAAGAAGGUGGUGCUGGACGGCGAGGAGGUGCAGAUUGACAUCUUGGACACCGCCGGGCAGGAGGACUACGCGGCCAUCAGAGACAACUACUUCCGGAGCGGGGAGGGCUUCCUCUGCGUCUUCUCCAUCACAGAAAUGGAAUCCUUCGCAGCCACGGCUGACUUCAGGGAGCAGAUUUUAAGAGUAAAAGAAGAUGAGAAUGUUCCGUUUCUGCUGGUUGGUAACAAAUCAGACUUAGAAGAUAAAAGGCAGGUUUCUGUGGAAGAGGCAAAGGCCAGAGCCGAUCAGUGGAACGUCAACUACGUGGAGACAUCGGCUAAGACGCGAGCCAACGUGGACAAGGUAUUUUUUGAUUUAAUGAGGGAAAUUCGAGCCAGAAAGAUGGAAGACAGCAAAGAAAAGAAUGGAAAAAAGAAGAGGAAAAGUUUAGCCAAGAGAAUCAGAGAAAGAUGUUGCAUUUUAUAAUCAAAGCCCAAACUCCUUUCUUAUCUUGACCAUACUAAUAAAUAUAAUUUAUAAGCAUUGCCA